AUGCAACUGGGGCAUUGCAGAAGGCGGGCUUUGUGCGAAGCGGGAAUGCGCAAGCGCGGAGCUUUGUGCUGUAUCGAUCCGCGGGUUCACAAAAAUAGGUGCGCGGCUAUGGGCCCCCAAAUGUGGGGCGCCCUCUUGCGCAGAAAGCUCGAGGUCGGGGGAAGAGGGGCGAAGGGGACGCUGGUCCUCUCGGGGCGCGGGCUUCGGACCCUCACAUUACAUAACCCACACGCACAGGACGGCGCACAAACAAUGUGA